AUGGGUGCCAAAGGGACGGUCUCUGCGACCUUCUCGCUUCUGCUCAGUCUCUUGCUGUUCAACAUUUUAUGUGAGCAUCAGAUCCGGGCCGAUGGGACGGUAGGCAUCGUCUGCUACGGCUACAACGGUGCCAGCUAUGUCAACAACACGAAGUGUCCCGGUUCAAACGCUUGCUGCGGGUACGAAGCGACAUGCGUCUCGAACCGACUCUGCCAUAAUCCUGGUGAUGCCGAAGGGACAUACGUGAGGGGCCCAUGUGCCAAUGAUGUCUGGGACUCGACCUGUGCUCAGGUCUGCCUCUACAGCAAGUGGACCAACUAUGAGACACUUCUCUCAGGUUUUCUCCCACGCGUGACACAGUGUAGUGAUGGGAGCUGGUGUUGCAGCUACGACGCAACGUGCUGCAGCAACGGCCGUGGAGUCUUCCUUGACUCGGACGGAAACUCUGCCACCGCCGAAGGAACAGCCACAACUAGCUAUCCUCCUGUGUCGUCAACGGGUCUAGCUCGCUUCACCGAGACACCAUCCACGUCCACAACUUCUGCCUCAUCCACAAGCUCCAGCUCGAUCACGUCCUCCUCGGCCGCUUCACUGGCGACUGCCUCUGCCACAUCGGCCACCGAUACCUCCCCCACUUCAAGCUCCUCCGCCGACGAUGAUGAUGACUCCGGAACGAAGGUUGGCCUCGGCGUCGGCAUCGGCCUGGGCAUCCCACUCGCUGCAAUCGUAGCAGGAGGGAGUGUGUGGUUCUUCCUGAGGCGGAAGAGACAAUCCCAUGACCCGCAUCUGGCAGCCUCGGAAAUGUCAGGGGCGCAUCUGUCGGGGUCACAUGUGUCCGGGUCGGAUGAAGGGCGCACAGAUGGGACCAACACGCCGUCGGGGAUGUAUGUUCCAGUGAGGCAGUCAAAGAUCGAGUUGAGCGGCGAGGGAAAGCCUAUCCAUGAGCUCCAGAGCCUGUCGUCGUCACCCGGGUAUCAACCCUACUCAGACUCGAGAUCCCCAGACCCACGGUCUCAGAGUCACACAUCGUAUGAGUUACCAUGA